AAAGUUUAAAAGGCAUAUCUUUAAAUUGAGUUCCGGUGCAGCGCUUCUUCUCCUUCAGUUCAAUUACCUUCCGGCUUCUGCUGCAAGAAACCUCUUCUCUUCUCUCCGAUUCUCUCUUUCUCCUUCCUUUUCUUUCCUGUUUUCAAUCUAUCAACAAUGGUGCUCGAGGCUACAAUGAUCUGUAUCGAUAAUUCCGAAUGGAUGAGGAACGGUGAUUAUGCUCCUUCCAGAUUCCAAGCUCAAGCUGAUGCCGUCAAUCUCAUUUGCGGAGCUAAAACCCAGUCUAACCCGGAGAAUACAGUAGGAGUUCUUACAAUGGCUGGAAAGGGAGUUCGGGUUUUGGUAACUCCUACAAGUGAUCUUGGCAAGAUUCUAGCGUGCAUGCACGGUUUAGAGAUAGGUGGAGAGACAAACUUGGCUGCUGGGAUUCAGGUGGCUCAGUUGGCUCUGAAGCAUCGUCAAAAUAAGAAGCAGCAACAAAGAAUUAUUGUUUUUGCAGGAAGUCCUGCCAAUCAUGAAAAGAAGUUGUUGGAGAUGAUCGGAAAGAAAUUAAAAAAGAACAAUGUUGCUCUAGAUAUCAUUGACUUUGGUGAAGAAGAUGAUGCUAAGCCAGAGAAGCUGGAAGCCCUUCUUUCGGCUGUAAAUAGCAAUGACUCCAGUCACAUUGUUCACGUUCCAUCAGGUCCAAAUGCUCUUUCCGAUGUACUUAUUAGUACUCCAAUCUUCACCGGUGAUGGGGAGGGAGGAAGUGGAUUUGCCGCAGCUGCUGCUGCAGCUUCAGCUGGUGGGGCCGGUUUUGAUUUUGGUGUGGAUCCCAACCUAGACCCUGAACUAGCACUUGCACUUCGAGUGUCAAUGGAAGAGGAAAGGGCCAGACAGGAGGCAGCUGCUAAGAGGGCUGCUGAGGAGACUUCAAAGCAGGAAAAAGGAGGGGAACAGCCAUCUGGCUCACAGGAUACAACUAUGAAUGAACGUGCUAGUGCUGAAUCUUCUGAUGCUCAGAAGACAAAUGAUCCAAUGGAGGAUGAAAAUGCCCUGUUACAACAAGCCCUUGCAAUGUCAAUGGAAGAUCCUGCCUCUAGUGACAUUCGGGAUACAGAAAUGUCAGAUGCAGCAAUGGAUCCAGAGUUAGCUCUUGCUCUUCAGUUGUCAGUGCAGGAGGAAUCUAAAGACUCAACAAGCCAGCCCGAUAUGAGUAAAUUACUGGCAGACCAGUCGUUCGUAUCGUCCAUUCUUGCAUCGCUUCCAGGGGUUGAUCCAAAUGAUCCAUCAGUAAAAGAUUUACUAGCUUCCAUGCAAAGUCAAUCAAAGCCGGAGGACAAGAAGAACGAAGAAAACCCACCGAAGGAAGACGACAAGUAAUCAAAUCCAUCUUCCAAAGUUGAAUAUCUCUGCUAGGCAUUUGUAUUUCUCCCCAUAAAAGUGUUGCAUUGUGUGUUUUGAUCAUCUGCAAACAAGCGAAUAUGCAUCACUUUGAUGUCUAAAAAGAAAAGUGUUGCCCUUGAUCUUUUAAUUUGUACUAUGAUAUUAUAUACGCUUCAGUCUUAAUUCAACUCUCGUUUCCUUUUCUCA